UCUCUCACCACUCUUCUCUCACCAGACUUUCUCCUCCCAGGAUCACUUCAGCCAUGGGCAGGUAAUACUCAAGUAAUCGAUCAUCUGGUUCAAUCCGACCAAACAUCGACAUCCUCACCAAUAUGUCUCUCCGCCUCUUCUCCCCCCACCGACCCCUCCACCUCCCCAGCACGCAGCCCUCCCACACCCAUUCCCACUCCCACCUCUUCAACCUCCGCCUGCGCUCACCCCUCCAACCCAUCCGCCACUCCUCCUCGUCCUCCUCCUCCACCACCAGCAACACCACCACCCACCCACGCCUCACCCGCAUCCUCACCCGCCUCCCCCGCUUCCUCCACCCCUACACCACCGCGCUCCGCACCGCCCCCAUCUCACACCUAACAUCCUUCCUCAUCCUCCACGAAAUAACCGCCAUCGUACCUCUCCUCGGUCUAGCUACAUCGUUCCACUAUACCAACUGGCUGCCCGAGCGGUGGGUACAGGGGAAAUGGGUCAAUGAGGGAGUGGAGAGGUUUGGGCGGUAUUUUGGACGGAAGGGCUGGUUUGGGUUUACGAGUGCUACUGCUGCUUCUGCUUCUUCUACUCCAGGGCCUGAAUCUGGAAACUCAUUGUCGACCGUCGGUGGGAAUCCAGGGACAGGGGUUGGUAUGGAUUCUACAGUUGCAACUGCGAGUUCGGCUGCGGAGACGGAAGUACAAGUCGAGGAAUAUGUGCAGGGGAAGUGGCAUGCUGGGCAGGCCGGGACGAGGAUCCUUGUUGAAGUCGCGACGGCGUAUGCGGUUACGAAGGUUUUGCUGCCGGUUAGGAUAUUGGGAAGUGUCUGGGCGGCGCCGUGGUUUGCGAGGGUUGUGUUGGGGAGGUUUGGGAGGUUGGUUGGGAGGGUGAGGGGGAGGGGAGGGAGUGGGAAUGGGGUUGGGGGAGUGAGUAGGAGAGUUGGACCCAAUGGCGGAGGGAACGGGAUGAGUGGUGCUGCUGGGACGGGGGCGACGGGUGGUGGUGUUGGAGUUGGUGCUGGGAAGGGAACUGGAUCUUGAAAGCACGACGGUUACCUAUGUAUUUGGGAAAUCUUAUAUUUGCCAUCCCGCAUAAAACUGCGAAGAGGGAAGUCCGGCAUGGAAGAGAGUCUGUCAAAAGCGGGCAAGAAGAGUAAGGCCAUGGCAUUUCCUCGACAAGUUGGAAUCCUUGAAAAUGCAGGAUCCCGGUAUCAAGCUACUCAUUCCUUCUCGUUUAUGGCACGGGAGAAGAUAUCUAGCUGGUUGGCAUGGCAGCUGUCAGGAGCUGUGCCUGGGAAGAAACCCUGUAGACAAGAAAAGCAUCGUGUUGUAAGGGACUAAGAAAACUUAGAGAAGUAAAUAAAGGUCGAGAAAUAGCAGUCCCAAGUAAACCUUUGGACAUACUAGAUGAGAGACCAAUGAGUCUAUUUCAUUGAAAACCGAAAAAUGGAAGGCAUCAAAUGGCGCCUGCUACAAGGAAAGCACAUUCACA